CGUCAAAGAUAUAGAUAGAGGUCUAAAAGAGAUAGAGUUUAAGAAUUUCAUCGGCGGAGAGAUGAGCAUCAGUGCGUCAUAUCCACCGGCUUUCCGGCGCAUGAUCAACGACGGAGAUCCGAAGGAUAUUGAACCGGUUCUGGACAAGGACAAGGAUAUUCAUAUCCCGGUUAUCGAUUUGGAGCGUUUGAACAAGGAGAUACUAAGAGAAGCAUGCAAGGAGUGGGGCAUAUUCCGUUUGGAGAAUCACGGAGUACCGUUGGAGUUAACGUCACAGCUUCAGGAGAUCUCGGAAUCGUUGCUGAGUCUACCGUUUGAGGAAAAACGGGAGUUGUUCGCCGCCGUUAACUCUCCGUUAUCGUAUUUCUGGGGAACACCUGCUCUAAACCGUUCGGGAGAUGCACUGAAGAGAGGAGGAACUCAAGCUUCGAACGUAAACAUGCUCGAAGGUUUCAACGUCCCUCUCUCGAAGCUUCCAGCUUCUACUUGUUGCGAUGAUGGUGCUCAACAUUCAAAACUAGAGUCUUUCAGAGUGUUGAUAGAAGAAUAUGGAAAGCACAUAACUAGAAUUGCUGUAUCCUUGUUUGAAGCUAUAGCACAAACACUAAACCUAGACUUAUCCGGUGACCGGAGAUCAGAACUCUUAUCGGAGUCAACAGGGAUCAUACGGGUAUACCGGUAUCCUCGGAGCUCCUCCGUAGACGCCGCAGGAGAAGCUCUGGGAAUGGAAGUCCACACGGAUAGUUCAGUUAUCUCAAUAUUAAAAGAAGAUGAAACUGGAGGACUUGAGAUCAUGAAAGGUGAAGAAUGGUUCCGUGUAAAACCUGUUGCUAAUACUCUUAUCAUCAAUCUAGGAGAUAUGAUGCAGGCUAUAAGCGACGACGAGUACAAGAGUGUGAAGCAUAGAGUGAAGAAGAAGGAUAUGACGAGAGAGAGACACUCGGUGGGUUAUUUUGUGUUCCCAGAGAGAGAUUGUGUGAUAAAGUCAUCAAACUAUAAGCCAUUCACGUACUCAGAGUUUGAAGCUCAAGUUCAAGUGGAUGUUCAGGCUCUUGGGACCAAGGUCGGCCUUCCUAGAUUCCACCCUAAAUCUCCACUCUUUCUCUGAUCGUGUUGGCAAAUUAAUUCAGUAUCUAAUGGUUGAAGAAACUGUAGAUGCCAGGUCUUGUCUCAUCUUGUCAUCAUGUGGUGUAGUGAUCCGGUUUACUUUGAUUUGGUUUUUCGGUUUUAUCAGUCUGGAAGAUAUUAAUAAUUUAAGACCAUUCUUCUUUUUCUAUACACUAGGUAUGGAUCCGAGCAUUACACGGGUUUUGACUGAUGCUUUAAUUUCUAGAAAAUUAUAAAAAUAAGAUUUUUUUUUCACAAUUAUAGUAUUUUGCAUAUAUUGUGUGAAACUUAUUUUGAGGAAUAAAAUGUGUUUUUU